AUGUCGCGAAGCCACCGCCCUUCUACUACGCCUAUGGACUUUGAGUGGACGAACCAAACAGGGCCCAUCGACUCUCAAUCGCCGUUCCUAGCAGCCAGCCAGCAGAAGAAGCGGCCCUCGUUCGGCCAGCCAGGUCCCCACUCAGUACUAGACUCCCCCUCGAAAGGCGGUUUCGCGACACCAAAUCGGCUGCGCGACCCUGACAACCGCAUGACAUACUUCAGCCGCGACCCCAGCAAGCCAUUACCCUCAACACCAGCAUCUUCGGUGCCGGCACACAUACAACCGAGCCCCUGGUCUAUGCGAACGCCCUCACACGACAUCGACUUCAGCUCCGGCGGAGAGACACCCGGCACGCCCCAAGUAGACAGCGACCCUGGCACACCAGACACGCAAUUGGCGAGCAAGAUGGGGCGGCUAGGCAAUGGCGAUGCCAAAGGCGCUCGACGAGAAAGCUGGUUCAAGCGAACCUUCAUGUCAAGUCCAAGCCCCACCAAGGAACCCCGCGACAAGGACAUGUCGCAAAAGUACUAUUCCAAGAAGGCUGAGAACCGUAUAGUCAAGCGCCGGUCAGAGCGAUCGCGGUCAAAGAAACGCGCUGCCAUACACGACGACGACGGCGACGAUUCGGACAACGAACGAACACGCCCACCGGUUCCAGCAAAGGAGGCGGGGCCUGUCCAGCAGACUUUCGCUAUGACUGUGGGCGGCUUCCUCUCGUGGGUUGAAGCGCAUCCCAACCUUCCAUCCGUACUAUCUUACUACCUCCAACUCACCGUCAACAUGUUCCUCGGCAGCCUCUUCAUCUACAUUGUCUACUCCGCCUGGGCCGGCGUCAUGACAGACGUCGACAUAGAAUCCUCAAAACACGCAUCCGAAGUAAUGGUCGAAAUUGCGGCCUGCGCUCUAGAGUACAAUCGUAACCGCUGUCGACCCGAAGAAGUCGUGCCAGCCAUGGAGAAGGCGUGCGGUGUCUGGGAGACGUGUAUGAAUCGCGAUCCGAAAAAGGUUGCACGCGCGACCGUGACAGCGAAGACGUUCGCCAUGAUCUUCAACUCUUUCGUGGAAGAGUUCAGCUACAAGUCAAUGAUAUUCACAGCCAUCGUCAUCUUCGGCGGCUUCAACCUCUCAAACUGGGCAUUCGGCCUCCUUCGCUCGCAACAGCAGCAAACACAAGCCCAUCACCAUCAACAACCACAGCCGAACGAUUUCGUACCACAAACCCCGCACAGAGUAACCAGCGGUGGGUACAUGCAGAAUCACGAGAACUUCCCUCCACCGAGUGGCAACUACCAAAGCUACCAGCAGAAUUGGCAGCAAAUACCUCAAUAUCAGCAACAGCACACACCGUACCAGAGCAAUACGCCAUACUCGCAAAGACACAUUGAGGCGCCGCCACUGGUUCAUGCGCACACUAUGCCUGCUUUACCUAGUUCGGCACAAGAAGGAGCGCCUGUGCUGGAUGGUGGCAAAACACCACGGAAACGGGGACUGUUCCGAUAA